AUGUCAAAGAAAGCGAAAGUAAAAGAUUACAAUAGAAAGAAAAAGCAAAUAUCAGAUACAAAAAUAAUUACAGACCUACAAUCGAAAUAUGAUACUAUCGAUGAAACGAAAGCAAAAAAGUUUGCAGAUUUUCCGCUUUCGCCAAAGACAUUAAAAGGUUUGGCAGAAAAUAAUUAUUUUGAAAUGACAGAUAUUCAAAGACAAAGUAUAGGACUAGCAUUGCGGGGAAAUGAUAUCUUAGGAGCAGCAAAAACUGGGAGUGGAAAAACCUUGGCAUUUCUUAUUCCAGUUUUAGAGAUAUUAUAUUGUAAACAGUGGACAAGAUUAGAUGGACUCGGUGCACUUGUAAUUACACCAACCAGAGAACUUGCUUAUCAAAUAUAUGAAACAUUAAGAAAAAUUGGACAACAUCAUGAUAUUUCUGCUGGUCUUAUUAUUGGUGGAAAAGAUUUAAAAUUUGAAAGAAGACGUAUGGAUCAAUGCAAUAUUAUUAUAUGUACACCUGGUCGUUUGUUGCAACAUAUGGAUGAAAAUCCAUUAUUUAACUGUAUAAAUAUGCAGGUAUUAGUAUUAGAUGAAGCUGAUAGAUGUUUAGAUAUGGGUUUUGAACACACUAUGAAUUCUAUUAUUGAAAAUCUACCUUCAAAACGACAAACUCUUUUAUUCUCUGCAACACAAACAAAAUCUGUAAGAGAUUUAGGUAGACUAAGUUUGAAAGAUCCAAUGUACGUGUCGGUUCAUGAACAUGCUACAUAUACCACACCUGAAGCACUUCAACAAAGUUAUGUUGUUUGUACUUUAGAAGAUAAAAUAUCAAUGUUAUGGUCAUUUAUACGGAAUCAUUUAAAACAAAAGAUUAUUAUAUUCUUUACCAGUUGUAAACAGGUAAAAUAUAUGUAUGAAGCAUUUUGUCGAUUAAGACCUGGUAUAAGUUUAUUAGCACUUUAUGGAACUUUACAUCAACUUCGAAGAAUGGAAAUUUAUGAAACUUUUUGUAAAAAACAAUUUGCAGUUUUAUUUGCAACUGAUAUUGCUGCUCGUGGAUUAGAUUUUCCUGCUGUGAAUUGGGUUGUACAGAUGGACUGUCCUGAAGAUGUAAAUGCAUAUAUACAUCGUGCUGGUAGAACAGCUAGAUUUCAAAGAGAUGGAGAAUGCUUAUUAGUUCUAUUACCCUCUGAAGAAAAAAUGGUUGAGAAACUUAAAGAACGCAAAAUUCCAAUAUCAAUGAUACAAAUUAAUCCAACGAAAUUACAAUCUCCACAACGUAAAUUGGAAGCACUGUUGGCAAGAGAUGUUUCAUUAAAAGAAAGUGCUCAAAGAGCAUUUGUAACAUAUAUAAAAUCAGUCUUCUUAAUGAAAGAUAAAGAAAUUUUCAAUGUUCAUGCAUUAAAUACUGAUUCAUUUGCAAGAUCUUUAGGUUUAGCUAUACCUCCAAGAAUUCGAUUCCUUCAAAGGAUGGAACAAAAACGACAACAAUCUAAUAAAUUUAUCGAAGAAACAACACAAUUAACUGUCGAUAGUGACUUAAAUCACGAUAGAAAUGAACAAAUAAAUAUUAAUGACAGUAAUUACAAUGACUAUAAAGACAACGAAGAACGAGGAAUUACAUCUCAAACAAUGAACCCAAAUGAUUUUACACUUGAUGAUAGUGAUGAUGAUGUAUUGACUGUAAAACGAAAAAAUAUAGACCUUGAUGAUAUACCAAUUACUGUCAAUGAAAAAGAAAACGAAGGUUUAAACAAAAAGAAAGCAGUUACAAAAGCUUCAGUAGCUAAGAAAAUUCUUCGUAAAAAAAUAGUACCGAAUAAAAAGAUUAAUUUUGAUGAUGAAGGACAGGAAUUAGUAAAUCCCACUAAAGUUAAAAUCUCAGAAUUAGCUAAACAAUAUGAAAAUGAAGAGGAUUCUGGAAUAAACAUAGAAAUAGCUAAACAGGUAUUGCGUGAAGAAGAUAAGUUCGAUAAACAACGCUUCAAAGAAAAAAUAAAAGAAAAACAUAAAGAAGAGAAACGAAAAUUAAAAGCUCACAAAAGAAAAGUAGAUGAUGAAGAUAAUCAAGAUAAAAUUGAAGAUACUGAAGACAACUCUGCUAGCGAUGAUGAAUAUAAUGGUCCAGAUCUGUCUUGGCUACCUGAUCCAGAUGAAAUUUAUGGCAAGCACGAAGAAAGCUCUAAAGGAAUUUUAGAUACUGUGGAUACACAGGAAAGUGAAGAGGAAAACAAAAUACAUAGGCCAUCUAAAAGGAAACUAAUAAUACAAGAUGAAUGUAAAAAGAAAAAGAAAAAACAAAGAGCAUCUCUUGAAAUAGAUAAUGUAAAUUUAAAAGCAGAUGAGGAACUAGCAUUACAACUUUUACAAAAUUAGAUUAUUAUACAUAGAUCAAAAUUUUAAUAAUAUUUUAUAUUCUAUGAUACAAUGUUCUGAAUAAUAUUAAAUAUCUGCUAUCUAAAUAUCUUG